AGAUUAUUUAUCCUUAAUUUCGCUUUCAGAAACAAGAAAUGAAUAGGAUUUUAACUCUAAUCUUGACUAUGUCAAAACCCUGUUUCUUGGAAACUUCCACUGUUGCAAUAAUAAGAGUAUAAGAAGUAACAAAUUGCAUUGUAAAUAUCACCCAACUCGUCUAUAAUAUAUAUCAAUUUUGUAACAAUUUGUUCAAAAAGAUCUUUAGAAUGGGAAGAAACAAUGAAGAAUCUAGAAUCGUCCAAACUCGACCAAAGGAGGAUAUGGUGAAGUCGCUUUUCAAGAAAACAGAAGCCGGGAGACCAAACAGUAUGAUCAUUAAGAGAGCAAACAGAGUAAUACCACCGCAUAUCAUAGCAGAAGCCAUAUCAACCUUGCACGGCGUUGACCUCCGGUGGUCCGGUCCGAUCACCCCCGCAGAAAUGCAAUACGUCGAACAAUACGUCGUCGCGAAAUACCCCGAAUAUUCAAACGCAUUAGUUGAAGGAAAAGACAAAACUGACCUUUACGAGCUUUGCGUGAAAGAAGAACCCCCAACCCCACCGGAGACUUCGCCGGACGAAAAACGGAAAUCUCCACGAGGGGUAUUUCGGGAAACAUUUGGGUCUAACUUUCACGAUCUUGAAAGAAUCCAACUCGAACCAUCAAGAUUACUCGAUAUACUGACGAAAAAGUCGUCGUAUCUCGGAAGCUUCAUUUCGAUACCGGAAAUCCAAGCCCGGAAUAAAGUUUUAAACCACUGUGGGUUGCCGGAAAAUGAGUACCUUGUUCUUUUCACUUCAAGUUACAGAGACGCGAUGAUGUUAGUCGGAGAAAGUUACCCUUUUUUCAGAGGGAAUUUCUACAUGACGAUUAUAGACGAAGAACAUGAUUACAUAAAAGCGUUUGCGGGAUAUAAAGAAUCGAAAGUGAUAUCGGCGCCGGAGACAUGGUUGGAUUUGAGAAUCAAAGGUUCACAACUCAGCCAAUAUUUCAGAAGAAAAAGUAAACAGAGUCCAAAAGGGUUAUUCUCGUAUCCUGCGAAUGUAAAUGGGACACCUUACUCGAUGCAUUGGGUUUCUGAAGCACAUAGAAACACGUGGCAUGUUCUCCUUGAUGCCACGUCAAUGGUUAUGGGUGAAGAUCGGUUGAAUUUAGCACUCCAUAGGCCCGAUUUUGUGCUUUGUAGUCCUCAUAAUACAAAUACAAACACAACCACACAUCCUUCGAAAAUUACAUGUUUACUCGUUAGGAGGAAAUCAUUCGAAUCAUCAUCUGUAGUACAAUAAGUUUAUGAAUUAUGAUAAUAUGAUCAAGUUUAUUGUAAAAUAAAAGUUUAUUAUCAAAAAAGUCGAUAAACUACUAAAUAACAAACAUCAAAAGGAAAUAAUAAGAGUAUUUUGCAUACAUUACAC